AAACACGGUCUCCCUAAAACCCUUAAAAACGCUCUCUCCCGGCCCGACCGAUCUUCCUUCCCCCUCCUCCUCCUCCUCCUCCCGUUUCUUGACGCAGGUAUUUCCUUCUUCUUUCAUUCUCUCUAGUUGUCCUUAACAUGAUUCCAUCCUUCGAGGCUGCCGGCGAGGGUUUUGUGCGGACUUAAUCAUCAACAUGAAUCGCUACAAGAGCAAGUGAACGCCAUGGCCUUGCUGGCCAUGAACACCUUUGGGACUUUGCAGAGAGAUGCUCCGGCUGUACGAUUGUCACCUAACUAUCCUGAGCCAACAGCUAAUGCCUCAGAAGAGACAAUUGGCGCUGAGUAUCCAAAGACAAUGAGUGCCGCUCUAGUGGAAGCUGCAAAGAAGUUUGAUGUUCUUGUUACUGCCUUGCCCUUGUCAGGGGAAGAAGCUCAGCUCAAAAGAAUUGCAGAACUCCAGGAAGAGAAUAAAGCAGUAGGUUUGGAGCUUGAAAAACAACUAGAGGCUGCAGGCAUGUUAUUUUUCUACCAUACUGGAGUGGAUAUUCUCCAUUUACUUGUUUGUUUGUAAUCUGACUACUUUAAUGUUGUAUUAUUGUUGAUAUGAUAGUUUAUUUGAUCUACAGACAUGCAAUAAAUUUUUUCCAUCAUUGUGGUA